AAAAACAACAAAUCAAAUAAUUUUCACAAUGUAUACAUCUAAAACCAUAGUGUUUGGUCUCUUCGUUGCAACACUCCUCGUGUCAUUGCAAUGCGGCUGCAAACGCCACAAUGCAGCCGCUUUUCCCAGCGAUUCUAAUCUUCGGGGACUCAACCGCAGACACAGGCAACAACAACUACCAUUUACAAACCAUCUUCAAGGCUAUGCAUCUUCCUUACGGUGUUGAUCUCCCCGGCCAUGAAGCGAGCGGAAGAUUCUCGAAUGGAAAACUAAUCUCUGACAUCAUUGCUUCCAAACUCAACAUCAAAGAUUUGGUUCCUCCAUUUCUACAACCAAACAUCUCCGACCAAGACAUUGUAACUGGCGUCUGUUUCGCAUCCGCUGGUGCGGGCUACGAUGACCGGACCUCGCUAUCGAGCAAAGCAAUCCCGGUCUCACAGCAACCAAGCAUGUUCAAGAAUUACAUUGCUCGUCUCAAAGGUAUCGUAGGAGACAAGAAAGCGAUGGAGAUCAUUAACAACGCUUUAGUGGUCAUAAGCGCAGGGCCUAACGACUUCAUCUUGAACUUUUAUGAUAUCCCCACGAGGCGUCUCGAAUAUCCUACUAUCUAUGGUUACCAAGAGUUUGUUCUCAAGAGGCUUGACGGUUUUGUCCGGAAACUAGUAAAGAAACUGCCCGAGAUCGAAGCGUCUCUACCGGGAAGCAAGUUCCUUUACGCCAACGUCUACGACCCAUUAAUGGACAUGAUCCAAAACCCUAGUAAAUACGGAUUCAAGGAGACAAAGAAAGGAUGUUGCGGAACAGGAUACUUGGAAACGACCUUCAUGUGCAAUCCUCUUACAAAGACUUGUCCGAACCACUCCGAUCACUUGUUUGGGACUCAAUUCAUCCCUCAGAAGCUGCUUACAAUUACAUUGGACAACUUUGUGGAUGCUCAGAUUCGAGGCUGGAUUAAGGCUUAAGCCACUAAACAUUACGAAACUAAUCAACUAAACAAUGUAUU